AUGAAGACGAAGAAAGAGGCAAUUGCAGAAAUGAUAUACUUUCCGGAAGACAUUCUGAAAGAAAUCUUUUUAAGGCUACCAGGGAGGUCUCUUUUACGAUUCAGAUGCGUGAGUAAGUCUUUUUGUACCUUAAUUGAUAACCCUAGUUUUCGUAGUAUGAAUCAUGAGCUUAGUUACAGUAGAAACAAUCCUAGUUUUAUGUUUUGCGAGGCUAAACGUAACAAAAUAUACACGAUAGAUUAUAAGUCAGUAUCGUCUUUAUUGCCAUCAUCAACAACGUGUGAAUUUACUACUAAUCACAUGAAUUACCCUCUCAAAUUUCAAGAUUGCGAAGUUGUUUUUUUGUCUUCAUGUAAUGGCUUGGUAUGGAUACAUCUUAGAAAAACUGGUGGUCAUGAAAAGGAGUAUUAUAUUUGGAAUCCGGCAACAGAAGUUUACAAGAGCAUACCCAUGCCAAGAGAAGUAAAAAGCCUCAGGCGUGGUUAUGGAUUUUGUUAUGAUUACAGGACUGAAGAUUAUAAAUUGGUAAGGGUUGUUGUCGACUGGGCUUCAAAGUGUUCUGAUGUUGAUGUCUAUACGGUAAGCUCAAAUUCAUGGAAAACCACUCAAAUCAUACCUUACAAUAUUUAUUACCAAGGAUAUUGUGGUGUGCUCUUUUGUGGAGCUCUUCAUUGGCUUAUGCGUACCUUCGGGCGAGACUCCACUCAUGUACUGGUUUGUUUUGAUAUUGUCAAUAAGAGAUUCGAAGAGGUUGCACUGCCAGAAACACCUAUGCCAUAUCCAGAAGAACCUUUGGAAGCAGAUAUGUUGGAUUUAGGAAUAGGAGUAUUGGGAGGGUGUAUAUGUUUAAUUUAUCGUUUUUUUGGUGUCGGGGUUGAUGUAUGGAUGAUGCAAGAAUAUGGAGUUAGAAAAUCUUGGACUAAAAGUUUUUCCAUUACCCACGAGAGUAUAACCAGCAGUAUAUAUUUGGAGUUGAUGUGGAGUUUCAAGAACUACAAGAUUUUAUGGGGGAUCGAUUAUGGAUUCAUUUUAUAUGAUUCAAACAACAAAAUAUUUAGAGAAAUGGUGAUGUAUUCUCAUUGGACUGAUAGGCUUACUGCAGCACGGAAUUAUAUGGUUAGUUCAGUUUCGCUUUAA